AAACUCCCGACCAACUGGAGGCUAACAGCUUCGCUGUAAAAAGGCUUUGGCACUGAUUCACGCCCUAGUUGCCUGGUUCACUCAGUCAUUGAUCUGUGCUGACUUUUAGGUUAUUCUGUAAUUAAUCGCACUUAACAUUGCACCACCGCUUCGCAUGUGCACCAACUUGGCAGACUCAUUUUUUUAUGACGGUUACCUACUCCUUUUCCCGUGUCAGUCAUUAUGAAUUGAUAACUAUUGCCAUGAACAGCAUUCACCUGCGGCGCUUCUUUCGAAAGGCUCAAAACAUUGGCUGCAGUGAUAACGCUCGAAAAGUACCACAAGCGGACCUAAGUGCUGCUGCGCAGAGCAGCCUUUUUUACUUUGUGCUUAUUGAAUGCUGCGUGGAAUUAACUGUUUUAUAGAAAGGUGAUACCUUCAGAUGACAUACCACAUAACCGACCGCAUUUUUCGUUCCACAUUGUCUUGUGGCGCAGAAUCUGCAAGACGCAGCAUGACAGUUGUUUUUUUUUUUGUGCAGGGAAAUCCGCCUUGCUUCGCGGCUUACAAGGGCUACGAGAAGGCGCUCGGAAUUCUCUGCAGGGGAAUCAUACGCAACGUGAACGCCUUCUGGACAGCCCUGGGUUUCUGCCUCUGGAUGUUCCUUGUUCUGGGCACGGUGUCCCACUUUCUCUCCAAGUACUUCCUGCGCAUGGUCAACUGGACAUAUGAUGGCUCCGAGGUAGAGUCGUACACCAGCAGCAGCAGCACUGGCAGCAGCUCGAGCAAGAGCGGCGGCUCCUCGCCCAAAGCGGGCGCCGAGAAGCCGGAAGGGGCGCCACCCGACCACCCUGACGCACCCGAAGCAAAAGGCGAGGGCGCCGAACCUCAGAAGGAAGCCCCCAAAGACGAUCUCAAAGACACACAGUGAGUCCCCUUGUGUGUCCGCGGUGUUUUUUUUUUUUUAAUACGCGUAGUUGGACUGCAAAUGCAACGGCCGGCGGUGCGUAGCGUUCACCAAUAGAGAUGAACUUAAAAGUCAGCUUGGCUCGGCUGCGUGCACUCUUUCAGGAGACGGAGAGUAGCUAAAACUCGAUCCACACAAGCAAGCGCUGUUACGGAGUUUCGGCAGAGCCAGGCUAGUUUGAAAGCAU